AUGACUGCAAAAGCUCCUCCGAAUCUCCGUCCGGUGCAGCCGAGGAGCACCGGCGGGUCCCGGCCGCCGCCCAGACCUGCGCGUCCGCAGGCGCCACAGGACAUUCGAAAGACGAAGGAGUAUAAGGUUGCUGCGCGACGAUGGCUGUCCACUAUCGUGGCGCUGCCAAUUGUGAUGUACACUUCGUGGAUUCUAUAUGAGCGUGUUUACGGGAACAAGAGCCCGAAGAGGUUGAUGAAGCAACAGCAGCAACUACAAGAUCAGUCUUCGUCUUCUUCUGCUGCUUCUUCUUCUUCCUCGCCCUCAUCAUAA